AACAACCAAGCCUCCUACGAGGCGGUCAAGAGGCGCAUCGAGUUCAACAUGUUCUCCAUAGUAAUGGAGGACAUCCGCGUCGUAGCGCCCGAGCUCGAGGACGUCAACAACCUUAGCGCGGCCUACCACAGGGCCAAGGAGGAAGUGUUGGCCGCCUACUACGAGCACUUCUACCUCGGGCUGGGAGUUGCCGAGGUAGUCGUCGAGGGAGCCGUCGAGUGGGCGACCGCGAGGCUGUUGUGGAUGAAGUACUGUGGAGGGUUAGACUUUGGCAUGCCGUGUCCCGCCGACGCGUUCAGAGAGGAGUGCGAGGAGCAUAUGACGAGACCGGACGAGGCUUGGCUGGUGUACGUGGCGGGAAAGAUGGAGGAGGAUGGGGUGAAUUAGGUUGAGGGGGAGGC